CCUGGAGCGAAUUCUGAAGCUCCAAUUAUACAACUGCUCCAGGCACAAAGAUCCCAGGGAAGUACCUUGAGGUGAUGGUAGAGGUAGAACCGCCGUCUGGGAGGACACUGGAAUGAACGGGGCUCCAGACGCAGUGUGAAACAGUGAAAGGAGCAGUAGUGCAGGGUGUAUCUGAGUCACUGUUUGUUUUGUUCUCCCCUUUAUUUUGGUUACUUGAUGUACGUUGAGCUACCAGAGCUGCCCCUUUAAAGGCCCAGGGUGGGGCACUCGAUGGAGCUGCCCGGCAAGGUCUGUGGGCAGAGUGCGCCUGCGCUGAACGCCCUUCCUGCAGCUGCAGGGUGGCGGAGACCCCACCUGCGGGAAGCUCCCUAAAGACAGGGCGGGACUCUGGGAACGGGGUUCUCCUAAGACAGCAAAGCCUGUCCCUCGGGAGUGUAACGCGCACCCUCGUUUCAGCCCCGCGGGGCCAUUGGGACAUGGUUACAUGAGCACUCGAUAUUUUUUCCCUGCCUGGGUCAUCUGCAGAAUUUAACCCCAGGAUCUUCGGGUCCAUAGCAAGCCCCCUCUCCCACUCGCGCUCCGGGAAUGACGGGCGGAAGAAGCCGGCGGUUACCCUGUGUGUGGGUCGCCCCAUGGUGGGGGGAGACGCACUCUCUGCCAGUGGGAUACACGACUGUUUGUGAGACCGCUUUGCCGUGUUGUCUGUCGGGACGCCUGGGUUCUGUUCCUGGCUCGGGGACCAGAGUGGUAUGGUGGUUACAGGCAACCUAGCCAGGCUCAUUCUGAAAGGCAGAGUGGUGCAGGAGAUGAGCUUUGGGCUGUCCUAUUAGAGACCUGGGUUCUGUUCCUAGCUGCGCACAGUGACCUGUGUCCCCACCCAGUAUCCUGUAUGGUGGGCAGGGGACGGUGGGCUGGGUGAGCACGAAGGGCUGUGAAUGGCCCAAAAGUAUUCAUAGAGGAUAUGGGAAUAGCCCAGACUCGAACUCGUAGCCUUGCAGGCUACUGCACCUCCCCCUAACCCGCAAUGUGUCUCCGGGACAGAGCCCUCUCGCUCGGCCUCAGCCGGACUUGGUAUCAGAAGUGCAGGCGGGUGUGACCACGCUGCCAAAUGCAGGAGUGUCGCGUGUGAGGCAGGGCCCGGGGCAGGUCUGAGUAUACAGCUGUGAAGCCAGAAGUCAAGUCAGAAUCAGGUUUGGGUCUGUUGGUUCAGACCCUCGAACCCUGUACUUAGUUAAGUGGGAUUUAAAUGGGGCUGCUCAGGUGAGUAAGUGUUGGCGGGAUCAUCGCUAAACCUCGUCCUGCACCGACGUGCAGCCAGCCCUGCCCUCCUUCACCCAGGCAUCACCCCUCAGACGUCACUUACAUGCCACUAGACUCAAGGGGAUUACACAAGUGUCAGAGCGCCAGGAUCUGGCCCUCACCCAUUGCUCAGAUGCAAUGCUGGCCGCCUGUCGUCUGAGCUCUGCCCGUCUCGUGACACCUAACAGUCACUUCUCAUCGACUGUUAGGCCAAGAGGAACCAUUAGAUCAUCUGUGAUCUUCUGCGUAGCACAGGGCAGAGAACGUCAUCCAGCGAUUCUCAGUGUUUCUUCCAGAAAGAGACUCCAGGCUGGAUUUGUAGCACUGGGUUCUAGUUGUAUUUGUUCACAAGCCAGCCUGGCUUACGACUCAGAGCUGGCAGAAAGCCAAGCCAUUUCCCAGACAAGCUAGGAUGCCAUCGAGGUCCAAAGUCGACUCCACCCCUCAUUAUGCAAUGAGAAUGGACAUUAAACCUAAUAAGUUUCCAGAGGGGGAAGUGCUCACAAGCAUUUCCUUCAUGUGAGAUCAGUCAGAGAUUCAUAGAUUUUAAGGCCAAGAGAGACCAUUAGAUCAUCUAGUCUGACACCUGUAUUGCGCAGGCCAUUACAUCCCACCCAGUUACCCCUCUGUUGAGCCCAAUAACUUGUUUGGCUGAAGCAGCUUCCAGAAAGGUGGCCAGUGUGGAUUUGAAGACAUCAAGAGAUCGAGAAUCUACCGCUUCCCUUGGUAGCUUGUUCCCAAGUUUAGCAUCUAAAAUGUCAAGCUACAUCAUUCAAGUUGCCAACAACAGUAAGGGAUGUGUCACCGUUGUUGUUAGUACCAAUCCGGUAUUACGAUCGUUGAGUGAGUCUCUGGUCGUGCCUACCUACGACCUCCUCAAGUCAUUCUUCACUAAGGAGGAGCUGAGAGUUUCACCAGGGGAAACGUCAGUUGUAAACGAAGUUGGUAUCUUGAAAAUCUUCACCUAUGGAGUUGGGUUGACCGGAGCAGAAUGGUACUACAUUAAGGUGACAAGAGAGGAUGAUGAGGGGGUGGCUGUGUGUCAAACUCCUCUGCAUUGCACCUGGAUUGUGGAUGAUGACAAAAUCUAUCGGGAAGAUAACCAGUCAAUAUGCAAACCAUUUGGUUUUGUACCUGAUGAUAAAUCCAGCUACAUCAUUAAAGUUACCAACAAAACCAAAGAAGUCAUCAAUGUUGUGGUUCACGAAGGUCGGCUAGCCCAAGUGCUGAGUCCUGAAAGAAUUCUAAGCCACGUGAGAGACAGUUACUUCAACUCAGGGGUUGCAGUUGAUCCAGGAAAAACAAAAACUAUUAAUAAAGUGAACCCCAAGAAGUUAUCCUCCUACAAAUCCAUCGGUAUUGUAGCGGGCAUGGUAAAUAUAUCAACCCAUUCUAUAAAGGUGAAAAGGGGUGAACAGAUCGCUCAGUGUAACACCCCUUUGCAUUGCACCUGGAUCGUGGAGAGCCAUGGAAUGUGGCAAGAAAAUAAACCUACAGAAGUUUACAAAUUUCAAUAACAUGCUUUUCUCCUGCUGCUUGCUUAUAAAAUAUCGAGAAGACGACGACCCCCAAUUAAUACACCUUAUAAAUCCAUGGGGCUUCGCCAGUAUUGGCUUUAAGAGCCAACACAACAGUUGUGUGUGUCCUGGUGACUAAAUAUGUGAGCUAAUGAUUUGCAACAAAUAAUGUAUCUGACAAUUUUUUUCAAUUUUGAAUAAAUCACUUGCAAAUAAUUUGUCGUACUAUUUAGCUAGUUCCACCGAGUCAGUAGAAUGUAUUUACCACUUUUGUGACAAUCGAAUAAACUCUCUAUGAAUA